AUGAGGGAUUUCCCUUCUUGUUUCGGUGAAAAUGGUGUUCAAAUUGCCGAUGCGUCUUCGUCUUCUUCUUCGUCAGGUGUUUCCACCGAUAGAAAUGCACAGAAUCUUGUCACUUGUGUUUACCAGUGUAAAUUACACAGUUGUUGCUUCAUCGUCACGACAACUUGGACUAAAAACAUAAUGGGUCAAGCUCUUUCUGUUGAAAUCGAUGAUUCCAGUACUCAAUCUGUCUGUAAACUCGAAAUCAAACCAUGGUUGUUCUCCAAAAGAAAAGGGUUUAAAACCAUGGAAAUGGGUUCAAAUUCAAUCCACGUCUUUUGGGAUCUUUCAUCUGCUAAAUUCGGUUCUUCCCCUGAACCGAUCGAGGGUUUCUAUUUUGCCAUCACUGUCAAUCAAGAACUGAUCUUGUUACUGGGUGACAUGGAGAAAGAAGUGUACAAAAAGAUGAAUCAUGUGAUGACUUCUUCACCGAAUUCUGUUUUCGUAUCGAAAAAAGAACAUAUUUUUGGUAAAAAAGUGUAUGCAACGACAGCCCAGUUUUGUGGUAAGGGACAAGUACAUGAGGUAUUGAUCGAGUGUGAUACAGUUAGCACUAAUGACCCGUGUUUAUUGAUACGUAUUGAUGGUAAAUUGGUGUUGCAAGUGAAGCGACUUCGAUGGAAGUUUAGGGGAAACUGCACUAUUUUGAUCGAUGGAUUGCCGGUUGAGGUUUAUUGGGAUGUUUAUGGUUGGUUUUUUGGUAAUUUUAUGGGGAAUGCGGUGUUUUUGUUUCAAACUUGUCUUUCGGCUGAGAAAUUGUGGGGUUCUGGUUCGGGUUCGGAUCACUCAGGGGUAAGUUGGUCGAGUUCGUUGGGUAAAGAUUCACGAUCACAAGGUCUUGGUUUUUCUUUGGUGUUGUAUGCUUGGAAAAAUGAAUAG